UUUUGACGAAAAAAGUGAGAAACAAUUUCUAUAUAUAGCUAGGUGUUUUGAUAUAUGAUUCUCCACACAAGUAGUAAAAGCUCAUAACCUUGUAGUUAAACAAGCAUUUCACUCCCUAAAAAAUGGCACUCAAAUCAUCAACAUUCUCCCUUUUCCUUUUCAUAUUCCUCUUUUCUUCAACAACUCCCUCAUUUGCUCACAAAUACCCCGCAAAACACACCCAAAAGUCACUUAGGAAACCAUGCAAAAGUAUGACUUUCUACUUCCAUGACGUACUCUACAACGGCAAAAAUUCCAAAAAUGCGACUUCAGCCAUUGUAGGAGCACCAGCUUGGGCUAAUAAAACCAGCUUAGCUGGGCAAAGCAGCCAUUUUGGAGAUUUGAUUAUUUUCGACGAUCCGAUUACAACAACAAAUAAUUUUCACUCCAAAGCAGUAGGUCGAGCCCAAGGGUUCUAUUUUUAUGAUAAAAAAGAGAUUUUUACAGCAUGGUUUGCGUUCUCAUUUGUGUUCAACUCUACUGAACAUAAGGGUACCUUAAACUUUGCUGGUGCUGACCCUACGACGAGUAAAACUAGGGACAUUUCUAUCAUUGGAGGUACGGGUGAUUUUUUCAUGGCUAGAGGCGUUGCUACUUUGAUGACUGAUACAUAUCAAGGGAAUGCUUACUUUAGACUUCGUGUUGAUAUUAAGCUCUAUGAGUGUUGGUAAUUAAUGGUUUCAUCAUACUAUAUAUUGGCUCUGUUUGGGGAAGCAUUUUAGCUACCUUAUAUGAUAAGGUGCUAACAUAUUUUAGGUGCUAAAAUGAUUAGCAGUGUUUGGGGAGCACCUAAAAUAAAAUUUCAGGUGGCUAAAAUGACUUAAAUGAUAAGUUAAAAAAUUUACCUUUUCACAAUCAGGUGACUGAAAUUUUGGAAAAUCUUUCCAAAAUUUUGACAACAACUAAUUUUGCUAAAAUAAUUUAUCAACUUAAUCAACUAAUUUUGCCAAACAAUUAAACGAAUCAGUUACUUUAUCAGUUUCAGCACCUUAUCAAUUUCAGCAUUAUCUUAUCAGUUUCAGUUAACUUAUCAGUUUCAGUUUAUUUUCAGCUAGUAAUGCCAAACAGAGCCAUUAUAAGCUUCUUAUAUGGAUGUUACAAUUAAGGUGGUGAAUGCAUAAUUUAACCCACUCUUUUUUUUCUCUUUUCCCUUUUUUCCUAGAUUGUGUUUAUGUUCUUUGUUGUGUGCUUUCUCUUUCAUUGUACUUCCCAUUUUGGGGGAAAAAACUUGAUGUCCUGAUCAGAGUCAUUUGAUAAUGGAAAAAGAACCUGAUCAAAGUCAUUGAGAAUGGAGCAAAACAAAGUGUACAAUGGUGCACUUACCAAAAUGCAAUACGUUAGAUUUUAGGUCAACUCCCUUGGUUGGAGUGAAUUUCAAUAAUCUGAAUAUAUAGGUUACAACAAUAUAAUUCUAAUAGGACUAGGAAGUCUAUCCACAGUACAAGUGUAAAUACGAAAUAUAUCCUAGUAUAUUUCGAUCAUAUUCUAUCCCUGAAGAUAGCGUAGAUGCGUUUCAAAGCAUUAUAAG